AUGAGGGAAAAAAGAACAAUUUCAAAUAAAGACACAAACUAUCUCAAAUUCCCAAAUAAACUCCAAAGAUAUUCCCGAUUCUUGAGCAGGAAGAUAUCCAAUACCAGCCCAGAAAAGCAACCGAAGAAGAACAUAAAAGAACACUGUUUAUCGAGUUAUCAUAAAGAACACUCGGUAAAACCAAAGCAAAACUCCGGUAAUGUUGCAGCAAAAGAAGACAAAGAUACGCAGCAUUUACAAAAUAAUGUCGCUAAUGAAGAAGCAACGGAAUGUCUAACAAGAAGUAAUUUGAAAAAGUUACAAGAGAAAAUUUUCGAUAGAGAACUUAAUGAUAUUGCCUGUGAUCAUUGUCUUUGUAGCACAGAAAAUAGAAGAGAUAUCAAGUAUUCACGACUUUGGUUCCUUUUUGAGUUGGAAAUGAGUGAAAACUGGAAUGAAAAUCUCCGCCUUAGUUGCUAUAAUAAAUAUGUGUAUUCCGCAAUUGAUGAGUCGUGGAAAAUGGAGAAUAUUCUACUUAAAGAACAAGAGAAGCAUUAUGAAUAUUUUCCAAUAGGACAAUUACUGAUACCCAAUAAUAUUGACUACACUAAUAAACAGAAAAGGAAGGAAAACAUUGAAGACUUAACAAUUGAAAUUGAUAGUAUUAUAGAGACAAACCAUCAAAAGAAAAGAUUUUUGCCGCAAAGUGUCCUGAUAAAAAGGGAGGAUGAAAUUGCAUUUGACGACUUUCAUUUGGAUGCACGAAAGGUUCUAAACGAUUUGAGCGCCACUUCUGAAAAUCCAUUCAGCUCUUCACCAAAUACAAAAAAAAUUAAAUCAAAGGGAAAAACCUUGGAAGUGGUUCCCAAAAAGAAAAACAAAAAGAUCAUAGGUGCUUUGGAAAGAAAGCUACAUAUAGAUGAAAAUUAA